AUGGCGGCGGAGGCCGAGGAGGAGCUGGCGCACGCCGAGGUGCUGGAGCUCUUUCAGGAGGCGCUGGCGCGGCUGGUGCAGGACCCCCUGCUCUGCGACCUCCCGCCGCAGGUGACGGCCGAGGAGAUCGGCUCGCAGGUGGCGCUGGAGUAUGGGCAGGCCAUGACCGUGCGCGUCUGCAAGGCGGACGGCGAGAUCAUGCCCGUGGUGGUGGUGCAGAACGCCUCGGUGCUGGAUCUGAAGAAGGCGCUGCGGCGGCACGUCCAGCUGCGGCAGGCACGGCAGGGCGGUGUCCAGCACCUCAGCUGGAAGUACAUCUGGAGGACGUACCACUUAACCUUCGCAGGCGAGAAACUGGCAGACGACAGGAAGAAGCUGAGAGAGUAUGGCAUCAGAAACCGGGACGAGGUCAGCUUCAUAAAGAAGCUUCGCAAGUAACCUGUCAGAGCAGAGACUCCAGCCCUCCCAG